UUAUGUACCUAUCAUCGAAAUAACACCUACAAACAUAUUUAUCAAUAGGAGAAGGAUUUAUAAAAAAAACGAAGAUUUGAGCUGAGCAAUUCAACGCCAAAUGGAGAAGUAACAGAAUUGUUGAAACAAAUUAUAGCCAAUCAAAAUAAAAUGGACGAAAAAAUAACAGAAAACCAAAGACAGGUUGAAGGCCGCUUGGAUGUGCUGGAUCAUCGCAUUGAUGCUAUGGAAAAGGUUUUGUGUGAAAAUAUGACUAACAGGAACGAGACAAUGGCUCAAAAUCGCCUGAUGCGGGAGUGUAAAAUAAUUUUGGCGAAGGUGCAGCAGUCCGUGGGAAAAAUGACCGGCGACAUCGUUGAUGAAGCAAUAGUGGAAGUUGCUAGCGUACUUCCGCUUUUUACAAUAGAUGCAGCAAUGGAAGUGGAGGAAAAGCUGAAUGAGCAUGAAUACGCCACUGCAAUGAAAACGCACAUACACACACUGAAGGGCGCUUCUGGAGACGUGGAUCCAGUUAUGCGACAAUUAUUUGCGGACGAACUGUUGUAUUUUUACAAUUGGGAUGGCAGAAAGGAAAAAAAGCGUUGUCUAACCUAA